AAAUGUGAUUCAUGAAGUCAACAUUUGGAGGGUUACAGCUCUCUCACAUUCUCACAAUACGAGCCUAGGUAACUACUGUCUUUUUAGCAAUAUAAUCUUAUCAUAGCCUGGUUUGUCUUAUGUUGGUGUGAUUUAAAUAAAUAGUUGGAAUUGUUACUGUAACCACUACCAGCCAGACAGUCAGGAGGCUAGCUAGUCUCUUGGAAAAGAAAAUGCUGUGUUUGAUGUUGCUAUGGUAACGUUCUUUUCCAGGACUUUCUCAGAGAAAAAUGGUCCAGAUGCACGUGAAGCACGGUGAUGAGAGCCAGUUUCUGUUUAACACCACCGUGGAUGUCCCGGUAGAAACGGUCAUCCAGCAGGUCGCUGCUAUCUACAACGGGAGACUGAAAGUCGACAGGAUAUGCUCGGAAAUAUCAGAGCUAGCGGAUCAUGGAACCACUCUGCCGCCCAACAUGCAGGGGCUGACUGACGAACAGUUGGUGGACCUGAAACUGAAGGACGAGUGGGAGGAGAGGUGUGUGCCCAGCGGCGGAGCGGUUUUCAAGAAGGACGAAAUAGGGAGGAGGAACGGGCACGCGCCCAAUGACAAGAUGAAGGAGGUGCUAACUAAAACGAUGGAAGAGGCCAAGGCACUCAUCUCAAAAAAACAAGCCCAGGCUAAUGUAUGCGUUACUAUGGAGAUGGUGAAGGAGGCCCUGGACCAGUUAAAGGGUGCGGGCAUGAUCGUGUAUCCAAUGGGCUUGCCCCCCCAUGAUCCAAUCAGGAUGGAGUUUGAGAACCAGGAAGACCUUUCUGGAACGCAGGCCUCCCUCCAGGUGAUCCCAGAGGAGGAGUGCCAGCUGUGGUGGGCAGCUAAGGAGCUGCAGAGGGGCAAGAAGCUGCUGGACUACCUCGGCAAAAACGACAAGACCAAGAUUGUAGUCAAGAUCCAAAAGAGAGGCCAGGGGGCGCCGGCGAGGGAGCCGCUGGUCAGCGAGGAGCAGCAGAAGCAGAUGAUGAUGCACUACUACCGCAGACAAGAAGAACUCAAGAAACUGGAUGAGGCGGAAGAUGACAGUCACUUAAAUUCUGAUUGGUCGGACAGACAGGCCUUAAAGAGACAGUUCCAGGGCCUCACCAACAUCAAAUGGGGCCCUAGAUGAACAACAGCAAAUAGAUCAUCACUGCGUUGAUCUAUAACCACUAAUCUAAUCUGUGUGCAGCUACUAAUGCCUUAACGGAACGGACAGCCAUACUCUGACUCUAAAUGACUUUGGUACAUUAAAUUUCUGGUCACUGUUCUUACUCAUCUUUAUUUAAGCCAUUCCCAGAAGACAACUUCAUACUGAUUUCACAUCACACAACAAUGUCAAUAAACGAACAAAACUGU